AUGCAAGACCAUACAAAUAAAUAUGUUGCUGUGGCUAUUGACCGGAACGAGCAAGGGCAAGGCAGUCACUGGAAAAUUACAGGCAGAAAAUCAGAUAAAAACGACGACAGCAAAAAGAUAACCAGCUAUGAUGAAGGCAUGUCUAAACCUGCAGCCAACUCAGCUACAAUUGGCAAUGCAAGUGAAGAAGAUACAAAUUUAUCAUGGUGCGACAACAACAGCUACAGUGUUUUGGAAGAUCUGAACGAAUCAUGUCGCGUGAUUGACGAAAGGCAAUCCAACAUUCGACGGGUAAGCAAAGCAAAACAAGCUGAAGUGAAGUCUCCCUCGGCAAAGAAACGAAAGACUGUUAUAGUUGGAGACUCGAUAGUUAAAGGUCUACAACAACAUAAGCUAAGGAGGGCGGUGAAGCAGGAUGUUACUGUUAAGUGCUUUCCAGGAUUUACAGUAGGCGACAUGAGUGAUUAUGUUAAACAUAGGCGUACCGGGCGGGGGGGCGGGGGGCGGUAGCCCCCCCCCCCAGUUUUUUGGGCAGUCGGGCAAUAUUCGAUCAACAGUCGGGCAAUUUUGGUUUGCAAUAAAAAAAAAUGGGACAAAUUCUGUAAAUUUUGUGUAAAAUGAAGUCAAUUUUUUGGCAAAUUUUGUGAUUUUUCGAAAAUUUGUGUUAUGUUCCGGAAAAUAUUGGUUGUCCGGAAAAAUUUUUUGACCCCUAAAAUGGUACACUGACCGAAAUUUUUUUGGCGACGGGGGGGGCGGGAGGGGGGGGGGAGGUCGCCAAAAUAAUGUUUCCGGAAAAAAAUGUUUGGUACUAGUCGGGCAGAAUCCCGAAAAGUCGGGCAAUUUUCUUUCCGCCCCCCUAAUUUUUUCCUUCCGGUACGCCCAUGAUGUUAAACCCAUUUUAAGACGAAAGCCAGACAAUAUUAUUCUACACGUGGGAACAAAUGAUACCUCCAAAAGAAAAGCGACUGAAAUUAUGAACGAUAUUGAUAGAUUAUGCCGAGAAAUUAAAGAAGCAGCUCCUGAUGUCGAAAUAGUACUGUCAGAAUUGACGAAACGAGAAGAUAACGAGAAAGCCAAACAAACGGUAAAUGAGGUAAAUAAAUUGUUAGAAAACUAUUGCACCGCAACUAAUCUAAGCUUAAUAACGCAUAAUAAUAUAACGAACACGUCGCUAAAUAGAUCUCAUUUCCAUCUGAACAGAUAUGGAUUCUUCAUUUUCGCAAGGAAUAUUAUUAAAUAUCUACAUCAUUUUUAACCUAAAUAGUUUUCCAGUCUUUAGCAGCAGAGGUUCAACUGAUGGGGAGUCAAGUCCCUAUGCAUGUGAAAAUUUUCCACAUUCUGAAAAAGUAAAUAAUAUAAAAUACCUACAAUCGCUGAAAGGAUUUAGAGUUGGUCAUUUGAAUAUUGCUUCAUUACUCAAACAUGUUGAUGAACUGAAAAUAUAUCUUGAAAAAGAGCCAUAAAUGAAAGUAGAUUAGACGAAACGAUAAGUUCGGAAAUUGUUGGCAUACCUGGCUAUGAUAUGAUUGCAAAUAGUCGUAACCGGGAGGGCGGCGGUGUUGCUGUUUACUACCGCAGUAUUUUGAAUGUUAUAAAUAGAGAAGAUUUGAUCCCAGAUAAUAUCGAGGCAAUAUGCCUUGAAGUUAUUAAGCCAAAAUCCAAGCCUAUCUUAAUUACAUCUGUUUAUAGGCCACCAAGUUCGCGAAUUGAGUACUUUGAGAAAAUCGAAAUCUUAUUUCAAAAUCUUGAUAGUGAACAUAAGGAAUUGAUCAUUGUUGGCGAUUUUAAUUGCGACCUUUUAAAGAAUAAUUUAAGCAAUCAUACUAAAAGACUCAAUGAAAUAAUUAAUCUAUUUCAAAUGACCCAGGUCAUUGAACACCCAACACGAAUUACUGAUAGCACUGCAACUCUACUGGAUGUAGCGAAUGUAAGUCACCCCGAAAAUAUUUUACAGUCGGGCGUUUUACAUGUUGGCAUUAUAGUGAUCACAGUCUGAUCUAUAUCUGUAGAAAAAUUUCCUUUAGCCUUAAUAGUAAUCAUAAUAAAAUAAUCGAGUCAAGGGAUUAUAAGAGUUACCUGCAACAAAACUUUAACCAAGAUCUGUAUGCUGCGUUAUCAUUGGUAGAUUGGGGGACUGAUGAGCCAAAUAUACUGUGGGACAACUUUAAGACAACUUUCAAUUAUGUUGCUGAUAUUCAUGCACCCAGAAAAGUUCGCAAAAUUAGAAGCCGGAAAUCGCCUUGGCUAACGGACGCAAUUAAGAAAAGUAUAAACUAUAGAGAUUUCCUAAAGAAAAAAGCAAUUAAAACAAAUUCAGCUACGUUUCAUAAUGCAUAUCGAAGUCUCCGUAACAAUAUUAACAAACAAAUUAUCCAUGCAAAGCGGAACUGUUAUACAAAUUGUAUUCAAGGAAAUACGAAUAAUAGCAAACAAAUGUGGAAGAAUAUUAAUCAUCUGAUUAACAAAAGACCAAAGUCGUCAAACAUUCCAGCACUUGAAAUUAACGAGCAAGUGUUUGUAGAAGAUUCCAAUAUAGCAAAUUUAUUUAAUGUUUAUUUCGUUGACAUUGAAUCGACUUUAUCAAGUCAGAUUGCUGAAUCCAGUGUGAGUUUUGAAAGAUACAUGAAAUUUACAGCUCAAAACCAGUUUAUUUUUAAAAGCAUCCAAGUUCAAGAUGUAGUUAAUGGAAUUGGUAAAAUAAAUGUGUCAAAAUCCACAGGACCAGAUAAUAUUCCGGCCAAACUCUUAAGAGAUUCAAAAGACGUAGUGGCCCCCUUUUUGGCACUUAUUUUCAAUACUUCUUUAAAUAAUUGCAUUUUCCCAGACGAUCUUAAAACGGCAAGGAUUUCUCCAAUAUAUAAGUCUGGAAAUAAGAAAGUGCGGGGUAACUACCGGCCUAUUUCUGUACUUUCAGUUAUUGCAAAAUUAUUUGAGAAACUUAUCUGCGAGCAACUCAAUCUAUUUCUGGAAGAAAAUAAGAUUUUAAGUUCAUGUCAGUCUGGUUUUCGCAAAGGUCAUUCCACCACAUCUGCUCUUUUAGAAAAUACUGAUUCGUGGCUACUGAAUAUGGAUGCUGGUAGGAUAAACGGGGUACUUUUUCUUGAUUUAUGCAAAGCAUUCCACACAGUCGAUCAUGUCAUCCUCAUAAAAAAGUUAUCUAAUUACGGGAUACAAGGCAAGGCACUAGAAUGGUUUAAAUCAUAUUUGUCUAACAGGGAACAAUACUGUAAGGUAAAUAGAGCAACAUCGUCCCCUCGGAAGAUAAAUUACAGGGUUCCACAGAGAUCAAACCUUGGCCCUCUUUUAUUUUUUAUAUAUGUCAAUGAUCUUCCAAACUGUUUGGAAAAUUCACAUGCCGCAAUCUAUCCUGAUGACACAAAUAUAACUGUUGGUUCAGAUGGUCUUAAUAAUUUGGAAAAAACCCUGAAUUAUGAAAUGAGCAAUAUUCAUCAAUGGCUCGUCUCAAACAAAUUAACAUUAAACGUAGAAAAAACAAGCAAAUUGAGAACAUCAGUAAAAAAGUUUCAAAAGGCAUUGGCAUGUUACGCCGAAUUAAACCAUUUGUUUCAAUUGGAACUCUUACCUAUAUCUAUCAAGCCUUGGUUCAACCACAUUUUGAUUACUGUUCAAUGGUUUGGGGUAACUGUGGCAAAACCUUAA